CGCAUAAUUAUGCAAUUUUAUCAUUUAAUAUUACAAGUUUAAUAAUUUCAUAUUUAAUUAUCAGUCAUUUUCUUUCGUUUUAGCUGAACGUUCAUCCGAGUGAAUAGCCUAUACUGUUUUAACAACAACUUUGUCGUUGAACAUCAAUAAGUCGAUGUCCUGCCAAUGCAUUAGGCUACGUUGUAUAGGCUCUCAUUUAGAACAGGAAUACGUUUCAAUUGUACCGGGGUUUGGCUCAAAGUUAGACUGGGGACAUUAAGACAUAAAUAAAGAUACGGAGUUUUGUAAACACAAAAGAUGUGAGUGUAAAAAUGUAUUCACGCGAGCAUAGUGAACGCUAUAAAGCGCGCUAUAUUUAGACUGUCUUAAAAAUAUUACGCGUUAAACCAGCCUCGUGCCUAUGUCCGCAGCACAAAGGGUUUGUUGAUAUUCCACACCCUGUCCUGUUUUUUGUUUUCAUAUAAUUAUGACACAAGGGUAUGUUUCCUGAGGUACAUAUUGUAUCAUUUUCUAUAGUAUUGUGAAUUUUCCCAUAAGCCUCAGCACUAUACUCCUGUUGCCGUGGAGACGGGUGUGUCGAGGGAAAACUUCUGACUUCAUGGCUCAUGGCUUUCUGACACGUCGAAAUAAUAACCCAAUAGGAGGCAGAAAAACCAAGGAGAACUUGUGAGAAAAGCAGAGGGAGGUCUCCGUGCAGUCAGGAAAUUUCAACAAAGUCGUCGGAGCACAGCGUCAUGGGAAAACAGAACAGCAAACUGCGACCCGAGGUCCUCAAUGACCUGCGUGACAACACAGAGUUCUCCGACCACGAGCUCCAGGAGUGGUACCGGGGGUUCCUGAAGGACUGCCCAACUGGGCACCUUACCGUGGAGGAGUUCAAGAAGAUCUACGCCAACUUCUUCCCGUAUGGAGACGCAUCAAAGUUUGCUGAACACGUCUUCCGGACGUUUGACACCAACAGUGAUGCCACCAUAGACUUCCGGGAGUUCAUCAUUGCCUUGAGCGUGACGUCGCGUGGUGGCCUGGAGCAGAAGCUGCGCUGGGCCUUCAGUAUGUAUGACCUGGACGGCAACGGAUUCAUUAGCAGGGCAGAGAUGCUAGAGAUUGUACAGGCAAUCUACAAGAUGGUGUCGUCAGUGAUGAAGAUGCCUGAGGAUGAAUCAACACCAGAGAAACGAACAGACAAGAUCUUCAGACAGAUGGACAUAGACAAUGAUGGACGUCUGUCUCUGGAGGAGUUCAUCAAAGGAGCCAAGAGUGACCCCUCUAUUGUUCGGCUGCUGCAGUCUGAUCAGGGAACAUCUCGAUAGUUCUGAAGGCAUACGUCGGAACAGAUGGACUGAAUAACCCCCUCACCAACACACACACACACAUACAGUUGUAGUAAUCAGACUUGAUGUUUGAUUUACCAUUCAUCAUCAUAACACCCCCUCCCUGGCAGCCAUUUUAUGUGCUCAUUCAAUGUUGCUUCAAAUGUAUACAUUAUUAAGGUCCUCAUAUCUGCCAGUGCCCUGGUUCACAAUUCACUCUACAUCAACGACUAUUCUUUGUUCAUACAACUGCACUGCUACAAGUGCGCUUCUACAACUAAUAUUCUUGAUAAUGUUCUAGUUUGAUGGCUCUUUCUUAACUUGGAUUAAUUUAGUCAAAGUGAAGUGCCAUAUCUAAUAUUUUGAUGUAUUACACUACCAAGUAUUACCAGAAAGAGGAAAACCAUCUAAAUCUGUAUAAUGGGCACCACUGCAAUACUGUGCUCUCAUGUAGUAUGUAAUGCAUCCAGAAAGGAAUUCAUAUCCGUUUCUCGUCAGGAGAUUUCCCAGACGAAAUAUAAUCUAAACUUGAUUUUCCUUUCAUAUGUCACUCAAAGAAACACUACUCACCUCUUACCUUACUGAAGUUGUCUCUCCCAGAGAGUUUGUGUCAUAUUUCUGGGUUCGGAUUUAUAAGGAUUAUGUAGAAAACAACAAGCUUUUUUCCCCAAAUAUUUAGAUCCUGCAUCCAAACCUUACUGGUGUGGACGACCGGAAAACAACGCUGUAUCACUCAUGGAAUGCAAUGAGUAAUGUUGACAUUUUUACCAAAAAAGGUUAACCUGGGUUUCAGUGAUAACUAAAAACAUAAUUUACAAUUGUCUUGAGAAACAACUACAGUAUGGUUAAAAGUACCUUAAUUUCAGUUUAAGCCCAUCCGAGGAUUUCUAGUGAAAAUAUGUACGUGGGGAAUUUGCAUGAAUAUUCAUGAUGGAGCACCAUACAUGAACACAGCCAAUUAUUUUUCACAACCGCUCUGAGAAAUGUCAAAGAAACAAAUCUUAAAAGCUGUAUCCACUAGUGGCAAACAGAUCCAGAAUUUACCACCCCCACACAAUUUUUUUUUGUAUAGAUUUGUUAAGGCUUUACAAGUUAAAUAGGUUCCAUCAACUAUCAGGAGUGUACCAAGUUCUUGGUAAGGAAAACCCUGCUAGUACCCUACAAUGUGGUUGAACUGCUGUGUUUAGGUCUUGCAUGAGCUCAUAUCUUCCCCCACCAUGCAGCAGUUUACAACCCAAAUUCCGGAAGAGUUGGGACGUUUUUUAAAUUUGAAUAAAAUGAAAACAAAAUGACUUUGAAAUCACAUGAGCCAAUAUUUUAUUCACAAUAGAACAUAGAUAACAUAACAAAUGUUUAAACAGAGAAAGUGUAAAAUGUUAUGCACAAAAUGAGCUCAUUUCCAAUUUGAAUCCUACAACAGGUCUCAAAAUAGUUGGGACGGGGGGCAUGUUUGCCAUGGGGUAACAUCUCCUCUUCUUUUCAAAACAGUUUGAAGACGUCUGGGCAUCGAGGGUAUGAGUGUCAGGAGUUUUGGUGUUGGAAUUUGGUCCCAUUCUUGCCUUAUAUAGGUUUCCAGCAGCUGAAGUGUUCGUGGUCGUCUUUGACGUAUUUUUAGUUUAAAGAUGCACCAAAUGUUCUCCAUAGGUGAAAGAUCUGGACUGCAGGCAGGCCAAUUCAGCACCCGGACUCUUCUAUGACGAAGCCAUGCUGUUGUAAUAGCUGCAGUAUGCGGUUUUGCAUUGUCCUGCUGAAAUACACAAGGUCUUCCCUGAAAUAGAUGUCUGUAGGGGAGCAUAUGUUGCUCUAAAACCUUCAUAUAGCUUUCAGCAUUCAUAGUGCCUUCCAAAACAUGCAAGCUGCCCAUACCAUCAUGGAUGCUGGCUUUUGAACUGAACGCUGAUAACACGAUGCAAGGUCUCCCUCCUCUUUAGCCCGGAGGACACGGCGUCAGUGAUUUCCAACAAGAAUGUUGAAUUUUGACUCGUCGGACCAUAGAACGUUGUUCCACUUUGAAAUAGUUCAUUUUAAAUGAGCCUUGGCCCACUGAACACGACGGCACUUCUGGACCAGGUUUACAUAUGGCUUCCUUUUUGCACAAUAGAGCUUCAGUUGGCAUCUGCAGAUGGCACGGCAGAUUGUGUUUACCGAUGGUAGUUCCUGGAAGUAUUCCUGGGCCAAUUUAGUAAUGUCAUUGAUACAAUCAUGCCGAUGAGUGAUGCAUUGUCGCCUGAGGGCCCAAAGACAACGGGCAUCCAAUAAAGGUCUUCGGCCUUGUCCCUUACGCACAGUGAUAUCUCCAGUUCUAUGAAUCUUUUGAUGAUGUUAUGUACUGUAGAUUAUGAGAUUUGCAAAGCCUUUGCAAUUUGACAUUGAUGAACAUUGUUUUUAAAGUAUUUCACUAUCUUUUUACGCACUCUUUCACAGAUUGGAGAGACUCUGGCUCUUUAAGACAUCCCUUUUAUAGCUAAUAAUGUUACAGACUUGAUAUCAAUUAACUUAAUUAGUUGCUAGAUGUUCUCAAAGCUGAAUCUUUUCAAAAUGUCUUGCUUUUCCAGCCAUUUGUUGCCCCCGUGCCAACUUUUGAGAUCUGUAGCAGGCAUCAAAUUUGAAAUUAACCCAUUUAGUGGAUAAAAGUGCAACAUUUCUCAGUAGAAAAUUGUUUGUUAUAUUGUGAAUAAAAUAUUGGCUCAUGUGAUUAGAAGGUCUUUUAGUUUUCAUUUUAUUCAAAUUUUAAAAACGUCCCAACUUUUCUGGAUUCGGGUUGUACAUAAAUAAUGAAGUGCAGAUGUUUUUAUUCUCUUUAUUUUUGUAACAAAAAUUUCAUUUUGCUUAAACACAAUUGAAAUAAAGUUGUGUAAGAAAAAUCUACACAAGGCGUCCCACAGCAUCCCCCGUCCUGCACAGACAAUUACAAUCCACCAACAUUAUCAUUUUCUUCUUCUUUUUUCUUUUUUCUUCUUCUUUUUUUUUUUUUU